ACCUCGGUGACCCCGCCCAGCAUGGUGGCCUGGAGCAGCCUCACGAAGGCCACAAAGGGCUUCUCCAGGAACUCCACCUCCCCCACCAGCACGUUGGAGGCCUCGGCGUCCUUGGGGAUCUUCUUGAUGAACUUGUUCUUCAGCUGUCGGCAAAGGUGAGAUCGAGGAAGGGAGCGGUUGCCAAAAUUUGGCUUUUUCCCCCUUUUUUUUUCCCCACCAAAGUUGGAGCUUCAGGCUCCAAGAUUUCACCUCUGGGUAUCCCAGGACUCCCAGUGGUGGGGAUUGAGGAGCCAGGGAAAAAAAGCCAAAUUUCUUCAGAAACGUGGCUAAAACCGAGACCAAACUGCACCCCCAGGGCUCCACCACCCAACCUGCAACGUUUGAUUUUGCUCUCCUGGAUUCUCCGCAAGGAAAACUCCCUGAAAAGGAAAACCUGAGCCAACCCCAGCGGUGCUGCAGCGAGCCAGGAACAUUUUUAGAGUUUAUUUCCAGCUCCUCAUGGCACAGAACCCCCCCAGCCCAGCAUGGGGGAGGUUUUUGUGCCUGCCCAGCCCCAUUCUGCGAGCUGGAACAAUAAUGGGAGAGGAAAACCUCGUCCAUGGAUUUAUUCCCCAGGUCUCUUCUCCCCUGCAGCGCUUUUCACUGCAGCCUAAAAGGGUUCAAUAGGCAGCCAGGCAGGGAGUUAUGAUAAUCUAUAUGGCAGCAUGAGGGCAGGCAUGUGAGCCGGGCAGCCGCCUCGCCCCGGCCUAAUCUUCUAAAUCCAAAUGGAAAAAAAAAAAAAAUAAAUCAUAAUAAUAAUAAAGCAACUCCUCCAGUUCUGCUCGGAAUCAGAGCAGGAGUUACCAGUGGCCACUAA